AUGAUAGGACGGCUACCGGUGGAAAUCCAAGUGAAAUUGCUCGGGUUAGCUCCUGAAAGCUCAUUGAAGCUUGUAAAUUCGCAUUUCUUUGUCUUGUACAAUGAUCUAUUCUAUACCAAGAUAAUUGAAACUUUUGGUGAAGAAAUUGUGGCAGUGUUGAUUAAGGUGUUACCAUGGCUCAAACAAUAUAUCAAGACGUUGGACUCCAUACGUUACCAACUGCGCCGUCUUCUAGCUGAUAGGCUUGGACUUCAAGAUGACACUGGGCUCACGGGCUACCCUCUUCACACAUCUUAUGUCAAGGACCUGUGGAAAUAUAUAUAUUCAUUGCUCAAGAACAAGAGGCUCUUCGCCGAAUAUUCUGAUUAUAAAAUUGAUGAACCAAUAAACUAUAUAUUCAAUCAUUACGUUGAGAUCAAUCGAACUUAUCUCUUGUCUUAUUCUAAAGAUGUUUGGAUUGCCCCGGGGGAUUAUAACCUCAACAUUGGGCUUGUGAUCAAACAUGGUAAUGGACUCGGUACAACAAAAUUUGAAAUUAGAUACGAAGAUGAUAAUGGUGAUACGGUCAGCCAACAGUUUUAUCCACCAACAAACAUUAAUGAUAUACUCCCAAAGGCGCAAUUUUGUCUUUUAAAGUUAGGGGAAUUUUCAGUCCCCACGCCGCAUACAAGUACUGGUAACAAACUCCGCAAAGUUCAGCUUGUUAUGGAGGAAAUUGGACUCUAUCUCAAGUCUGGGUUCCGAAUCUACUUUAUCGAUAUAGCACAACCUUCCGCAUUGCUUAAUGACUAUGACUUGCUCUACUACACUGUGAAGGAAACAGAUUAUCGCUACUUCAUCAAUAUACCUCUCAAAAACUUCUACAAAGCCCUCAACCAUAUUCAAAGUGGAGAUGGGAAUCCAAGUAAACGGAUGUCAUUGACUAACAACCAAACUCAAAACAUAGAUACGCCUCCAUAUGGAUCAGGUCAUCCAACCGAAGUAACCACGUAUGAUCAUGAUAUUCAAUGGCUAACCACUACAGGAGACGAAGUUAUAGGAGAUCCGGAAGAUCCAGAACUGAUUGCUCUUUAUGCAAAUUUUUACUUCAAUAACCGACUUGGUAAGCGGUAUUUCAAGUUUAAUACAAUUUAUCAAAGGAGACAAUUUGUCAAUAGAUUUGGGGAUUUUGAACUUGAUUGGGAUAAAGAUUCUGAAGAUGGCUCUGAAAGAGUCUGUACAUAUGAUCCCGAUAGUCUCAAAUGGAAAAUGCCAAUUAUAGGAGAGAUAUAG